AUCGAACUCAUUCCACAAUCAGCUUCAGCUCACUGUCACCCAAUCUCCGUUUUCAAUCGAAGCCUCAUUCAUUCGCCCCAGAUUUUCGCCAUCAAUACACAGUCCUCCACCCGAUCACCUUCGAGAACUCCCACCAGGGCCGAUUUCUCCGUACGAUCGUGCACCUCUCGCCUAGAAAUGGCCUGCUCGCGGUUCAUUCCGCUCCUGCUCUGCAUCGUGCUGUGCGCCGCUGCUACCGCGCACGCGCAAGCGCCAGCGAACCCAACCAAAGCGCAAAUAAAGGCGGAGCUGCAGAACAUGGCGAACACCAUCACCAAGAACUACCCGCAGUACGCGAAAUACGCCAAGGAUGUCAACAAAUACAUCGGCCUCGCACUGAAUUCCAAGUACGAUUUCACGGCGCUCAGCGACGCGACCCUCCUGCUCCCCAGCGACGCAGAAGCAACUGCCCUCGCUAAGAAGGUCCCCGCUAAGAGCUCCAACAUCCCCAAGAUCUACAACAUGACGGCGUAUCACAUCAUCCGCAAGAAGUACACUGUUCCCGCGCUCCAAGUGCUCAAGAAGUCCCAGCCGCUGGGCACUCAGCUGAAGCAGGCGAUCUACAAGGUUUCGCAGCAGAAUGGUAACGUUGUGUCAUUCGCCAAGACGCCCAACGCGCCCCCUGCCACGUGGACGACGAUCAAGAUCGUCCGGCUGUACGCUGGGCCCUACUUCAUCGCCCACGGCGUGGAUAAAGUCCUGAUUCCCACUAACACCAAGGUGUAAAAACUUCAGGCGUCCAAAAUAUCCCAGAUAUAGGCUGACGAGUUUCCCCAGCGGUCCCUGUUGACAGUCAGUCAUGCUGCCGGUUCAACCUCGGAACUAGAGGUGACUGGAAGUCAACUAGGCACCAGGGCAGAUCCUCCAAGGACCUCGUGAUACAGUUUUGUAGUAUAGGUUGCAAUCUCUCCAAUAUCUAAAUAUGUCUACCUUCAAUAUACAGCUUAUACUUAUAAACAUUCAGAAUAAGG